AUGAUAUUUGAAUCGAUGUGGCAUCGCAUGCAACUGAUUUGCAAGCACUUUGAAAAAGAAAUGAGUAUGUCAAGAAUGGAAGACGGAGAGCUCUUGAAACAAAGAAUCAGGAAUUGUAUGAUGAUUUACAAGAGAUUAUUGAACAUCAUUCAACGGGAUAACCAUGCGUUGAAAAUAUUGACUUUUCUAACUGAGCUGACGGUAUUCCCGAUGGUAUUAGACAUUCUUCACCUCAUUUUUACAAAUUUUGGAGGGAGCCAGAAGGCAGCUUUUAUGGAAUGUUUGGUGAAACUGACGGUGUCCCUGGCACCAGCCGCCUUUGCCGAGAUGGUAAACAAGGAGAUAGAUCAAAUGAAGCUACAUGUAGCAAAACAAAUGCUUUUUUGUAAAGAUCAGUCCACACUAGAGACUAUAGAAGACGCCAUGUUGUUCUUCCGACACCAGCCCUUCAAGUAUACAGUGUGGCGUCUAUUCACAGUAGACGGAACCCUGAUACUGAGCGUUGUCAACCAUUUGGCCACAUACACUGUAGCUAUGGUUCAGUUCUCGCAUAUUUUUGACUAA